GAGAAACCCUACGAGCGCACGAUCCUCCCCUGCACCGCCGCCGGCCUCGCUUCUCUCCAAUUCCUGCUUUCGAGGUGUCUCUUGACUUUUCACAAUGAAGCUGAUCGCUGCCUACCUGCUCGCUGUUCUGGGUGGAAACACCUCGCCAUCUGCUGAUGACGUUAAGAACAUUCUGGAAUCAGUUGGGGUGGAAGCUAAUGAGGAGAGGCUAGAGUUCCUGAUCUCUGAACUGGAAGGCAAGGACAUAACAGAAGUGAUUGCUGCUGGAAGGGAGAAGUUCGCUUCUGUGCCUUCAGGUGGUGGUGGUGCAAUUGCUGUGGCAGCUCCUGCUGCUGGUGGUGGUGGUGCCGCACCUGCUGAGGAAGCAAAGAAAGAGGAGAAGGUUGAAGAGAAGGAAGAGUCUGAUGACGACAUGGGCUUCAGCUUAUUCGACUAAGUUUAUCAGCUUUCUUGUUUACCUACCCAGUAUCUGUCGUGCGCUGCUUGCUACCUGCAAAAUGAGCAACGUUGCCCCUAUGUGUUUGUGCUAUUUUUGGUCGAGACUGUAUAUGUCUAGUACCUUAAGAAAUUUAAUGUAAAAUUUGAGGGAACCGAGCCAAAACAUGUGAUGUUUCAUAUUUGUGAUCUUUAGCUAGCAUUUUCUACUCCCUUUUCGUGGAUGAAUGCAUCGACGAAGCAAGCACUUCCAAUACUUUUAUUUGGACGACGAUA